AUGAUUUCUGUGCAGGAGGUUAACCCCAUGGUUCUGGGGAUCAGGGCCCUAACGGGCCUGCAGACUCUGGCUACAAGUAUCACAGAGGAGAUCAGACAGGGAGUGAAGAAACCCUUUCAGCAGGUGAUUGAUGUCAGCUCAGGGGAUCCCCACAAGGCAGGGAUGAAACCUACCUCAUUUGUUCGCCAGGUCCUGGCAGCGUGUAUUUACUCCAAGCUCCUAGAAGAAAAAAGCCUUCCUCUGGAUGUCAGGCAGAGAGCACACAUGCUUCUGGGGGCCUGCAAUGGGGGGAGCCUGGGCUCAUACAGCCCAACCAGCCAUGGUAUACCACUUGUCAAGAAAAGCGUUGCUGAGUUUAUCAUGAGGCGGGAUAAUGGAGUGAUUUCAAGCCCAGAAGACAUCAUCCUCUCCAGUGGUUCUCAGAAGUGUUUAUCGUUGGUUUUGCACCUGAUGGCCAGCGGGAAGGGUGAAACUCAGACAGGUGUGUUGGUUCCGAUGCCCUGUCCACACACUCUGCCACCUCUGCUAGAAAUGUCUGGAGUGACCCCGGUGCUGUACCAGCUGGUGGAGGACCAAGGCUGGGCUGUAGACCUGGACGAACUACAUCGAGCUUUGAAGACCGCAAGGGAGCAUUGCGAACCCAGAGCCAUUUACAUCAGCAACCCAGGAAACCCUACAGGUCAUGUGCAAGACAGGAAAACAAUAGAGGAGGUGAUUCGUUUUGCUGCAACCGAGGGCCUCAUGCUGUUGGCUGAAGAGGUGUACCAGGACAGCGUAUAUGGACCUGAGAAAGAGUUUAUUUCCUAUAAGAGAGUCCUGUUCCAGAUGGAACAAGAGUAUUCAGAGACAGUGGAGUUGAUCUCCUUCCACUCCAUAUCCAGCGCCUGCAUGGGAGAGUGCGGUCUGAGAGGAGGAUAUAUGGAGGUGAUUAACAUGGACCCAGCGGUAAAUACGUUUUUAAGAAAUAUGCAGGCAACUUGCAGCUCCUCUACUUUGCCACAGCUUGCUUUGGAGGUCAUGGUCAAUCCACCCACACCUGAAGACCCUUCCAAUCAAACAUUCUCACAGGAGAUUCUUCACUAUCAGACAACUCUGUCCCAGAACGCUCAGCGUGCUUGUGAGUUCCUGAACAAUCUACCAGGGAUGAACUGCCAAUCAGCGACAGGAGGAGUCUUUCUUUAUCCCCGUCUGCAUUUACCACCUCAGUUUAUAGAGGAGGCAGAGAUGUUAGGAGUGGAGGCAGAUGUGCUUUACUGCCAGAGGUUACUGGAGGAGGAGGGUGUGUGUUUGGGAGCCGGCUGUGAGAAUGGACAGAACGAUCAAAACUACCACAUCAGGCUGUGUGUUUUGGCUCCUCCUGCCACCCUCGAGGAGGUCUUGGCACGACUUCGCUCUUUCCACCUGCACCUGCUGGACAGAUUUCCCUGACACAAGUUUCAAGGACACACUUUGGGGAAAAAUAUCACUGCAUGGUUUACAUGGAUUUCUCACACUUACAGGAACGGUUUUAGUGUUUUAA